CAAAUUUACUUUUCAAUUCUCUUUCAGAAACAAAAUAAACAGAAGGAGAAGCGCACAAUUAUGCGACAUAUUGAAAUAUUUCUCGGAAUUGCGUUGAUAUCUCCAGCUCUUUCUGUUCCUGUCGAUAUAUCUGAUGAAUUAGACGAGGAACUGACCGGUCCACAACCUAGUGUUAUAGGGUCGGUUGAUAAAGUUUUGAAAAAUGUGAAUAAGAUGGAUCAAUAUCAAUGUAUUCAGAAAAUGAUUUGCGAGUAUAUGGGCAGUGCGGAGCAAACUGUUGUGAACGCGGUCACGAAUAAUUUUGGUUCGCAGACCGGUCAGCUGGCACAGUCAGGACUCAGCCAGUUCCAGUCUAAUCCACAACAGUUCCUUCAGAAUUUGCCUGGACAACUCAACCAAAAUAAUGGACCUUUAACCCAGGCAGUGACAGCUCAGCUUGGUCAAAAUUCACCUUUCCUGCAACAGAAUGGUCAACUACUUCAAAAUAUUGGAGGUCAAAUUCUUCAGGCGGGUUUGAAUGGCGGUCAAAACCAGUUUCAAACUCAGUUCGCGGGCCAGAACCAGUUUGGAAACCAGUUUGCUGGACAAAACCAAUUUGGAAACCAGUUUGCCGGCCAAAACCAGUUUGGAAACCAGUUUGCUGGACAAAACCAGUUUGGAAACCAGUUUGCCGGCCAAAACCAGUUUGGAAACCAGUUUGCCGGUCAAAACCAGUUUGGAAACCAGUUUAAAGGGCAGAAUCAGUUUAGUCAAAACCAGAUUGGACAACAGCAGCAAGGAGGAGCUGGGGAUGCUAUUAUAGAUGCUAUAGCAGGAGCACUUGCUGGUGCAAUACCUGGCAGGAAAAAGAGAUCAGAAGAAAGACGGCAGAAAAGACAAACAUCGAUGCAUGGUCAAGCAAUCAAAAUGAUGCAAUCAUUUGGUUUGGACCAGAUGGGUGCAUAUCCGUUUGUGAGAGCUGCAAUAAUUGGGCAUGCUAAUAAAGAGAGCCCAACAAAUUGCAGACAGCUAUUCCCCCAGUGUCCAGACGGAACAGAUCAGCUGUUGAAUUAUUUCAACAACCAUAAUGGAGGAUUAUUCCAGAACGCCGUCCCUAGCGCUACAAGUGAGGUUGGAUCCCUCUUCCCAGGAUUAUCAGCUUUACCACAGAUUGCAGCCUCAACUAUUGGUGAAUUUGCUUCAUCAAGCGGCGGCUCCGGAGGCGGUGGAGGGUUGGCGGAUUUAGUAGGUGCUGAGUCUGGUAUAAUGAAUACAGUGGUGGACGGGUUAGCUGGGAUGAUUGCCUCAGCAAUGGGGAAGAAAAAAUAAUUUUUUUUUGUGGCAACCUUUUUUUUAAAGACCAGAACAAAGUAAUCGUGAAAAAAUGUGUAAGGAAUGAUUUGAAAAAAGUUUAUGGGGUCUCACUUGCGUCAAACCACUUGAUUUUAAAAGAAUUAUAAAUGUUAUUUCAAUCACCAUUGAAAGCUUUAUCUGAUCGUUUUUCUAGGCAUAAAAAUGUCUAUCAAUGUCAAUUUUUUGUAGAGAAACCAUACACAAUUGGAAAAAAUCAGUGUUCAAAAUUUUAAAUAUUUUUAUCUAAUUUGUUCAUACUUGAUCAGAAAAAUCUUUACACUUCUAAGGAUAUCAUUGUGAAUCGGGCAUUGUCAACCUUGCAUGAAGGGUUCCUUGAAAUGACGCUUAUAAUCCCUUAGCAUAACGUAACAUAAAAGGAGGUUGUUUAAGUGGUUAUGCAAUUUGAUUUUUGCAUAUUUUACACAAGUACAUCCUUUCAUAUUUUUACGUAAAAUUCGAAUCUAUUUGCCCUUUCAAGUUUACAUUGUAUUGACUUUCUACAUAAUUCACAGAUUAUUCAAAAUAAACUUAUGAUUUUGUAAAUGGUCUAAACUCUGAAGUCCAGGAUAAUUUGAGCAUAACAACCUGCAAUCUCGGGCCUGGGGAUUAGUAGAUCUAGUCAAAGGUCGUCUUCAAAGAAAGACUACUUAUCUUGUCCUUUUUGAGUAAAAGUCUUCAUUGAAACUUAAAAAUUUUCUUCAUUUCACAAAAUCUGUUAUUCUUUAGUCCGUUUAUCAACAUUGUUUUAUUUAUCAUUUUAUUUAUUUUGUUAUUUAAAUAUUUUUUAUUGCACUGUUAUCAUAAUUUAUUUAUUUAUUUCUUUAUUUUGUUUUUUUAUAUUUACAGUAACUAGUAAAUAUAAUGUUGUCAUGCCUAAGAAUAAAUAUAAAAAUAUUUUGUA